AUGCAAGCGGAAAACCCUCAGAGCGCACCACCGUCUCGUUACCGCACGAUUCGGAGGAAACUCGUGCACCGUUCGGGCAAUUCUCAACCACCACCACCACCACCACCACCACCACCACCAGCGCUGCAGCGACAGCAGCAAUCGCGACACCAAUCACCACCGAAACCGGUAGCUGCCCCCCUGAUUAAUUCGAUUGAGUCUCCGAGGCCGGUUGUUGAACAGCCCCUUGCUCGAAACCCUUCCAAGUUUAGGAAGAUUCUACGGCUGAACACAAAAGAUGUGCCUCCUACUCCCGUUCCACCCAUUCCCUCUACAGCAACCACCACCCCACACGGUGGUAAGCUCAUGAAGCCGUCGCACCCCAAUCAAAAGACGGCUUCCAAGCUUGGGAGGAGAAGGGGGAAGCCUGCCGGGGCUAUGGGCGAGUCCUCUACGGAGGAGGAAGCUGGAGGUGCGGCCCGUCGUGGAGAGAAUCUGGUGAGGAUAGGUUUUUUUCUCCCCACUCACUCGGCCUAUACAUUUGCAAGUUUCAGCCAUCUUCUGGCUUGUCAUUUGGUGUUGACGCAAGUUCCUUUCCCAAAGAGAUCUGCUUUGUGGGGUUGCGUGACAUUGAAUUGGACAUGGCGCUAAUGUACCCUAGGUGCAGAACUAUGACAGGAAGGUCCCAGUCAAUUCCUCGGGAGGCACGGAACCGGUCGGCAUCCUCGACUCCACUGAUGUCGAAUCCUUUCUCUCGCACGUGAGGCCUGGGAAACAGCGGAUCGUUGUUGAGAGCUGGCCGAUCUUUGGAUUACAACGUCAGGUUCGGUAUUUCGAGAAGCUGAGCGAUGUCCACAAUACGUGGGAAAUUGAAACAAAGUGCCAUUUUCGCAUCGAGAAGAAUGCCUGGGGUCAGACCAGCGAGCGUCUCGAAAAUUAUGCAGCGGAAGAGCCUUCCAGUGGAGUGGCUCGGUUCCACUACUAUGUUCAGGCCGAUAGAAAGUGGUCAAAGCGUUGGAUCAGAUUGGACGGCGGAGCCAUCAAGAUUUCCAAGAAGGAUAAGCCGAGCGAGAAGGACUUUACCCAGACCAUCAACCUCGAUUCGUUUGAUAUUUACAGCUUUGCCAACGCUUUUUCUCCGGAGAGUAAACUGAAAUGUCCCACAAAGUACUGUUUUGCGCUGAAAUCACAGCAUAAGAUGAGCUUGUUCGGGAAGGAUUCGGUUUACUGCCACUAUUUUUCUGCCGAGAGUGCAUCGCAAUUGAGUCAAUGGUUCGCGAUGAUUAGGGAUUCAAAGGCUCGAUUGAUCGCGGAGAAGUUUUCAAUUGCUCCUUGGACAGCUGAGCCAGAGGUCAAGGAAGAGCUAUCCAUCACUCAUCAAAGUACCUCUUCUGGUAGUCUCGGGGGCAGGCGCAAGCCCGGGCCUCUGAUUUCCCUAGAGGAGCUCGCUCAACCACCUUCCGAUGUUCAGAAGCCCAAGUCACUGUAUAGCGCCAAGUCUACCAGGAAGCCCUCUAGGAAGGAAAGGAGUGCUUCUGGCAGGUCCCCGCAAGUUUGUGGAAGUGUCUCGGAUGGGGAAGCGGUGUUUUCGCCCGGCGGUCUACUGGGUUCGGAUUAUGAGGACAAGAAGCGUGUUGCUCAACUUAACUACAAAGAGGAGCUUGCGAAACCUCAUAACGAGUUUUCCGGUCUGCUGACCCCUCAAUCACCCAAAGCUCGGAAUUUCACUCCUCGCGAUCCCACACACCCACUUGUAUCCUUGGAUACUUCUCCCAAGGAAACCAAAUCCCUUAGACGCAGAGAAACAGUGGCUUCAAGACCAUCCACUUCUCACAAGCAAGGGGGCACCCUACUUAAUUUUGACGAGGGGGAGCCUGUGCCGUCGCUACCCCAUCGUCAUCGCAGCAGAGGGCACACCAUCUCGGAGAAGAACGCACGCGAGGGUGGAGGCCUUGUCAGCUUCGCCAAGUCAUCUCUUGAGACACCCCCCCUUCCCGAUGCUCCUCCCCCGUUUGCACAACUCAAGAGACCGCAGACGGCGAAGGGCAGAACCCGGCAUGGCGAGGCGAGUGGUGACGAGGAUCAGACCCCCUUCACGGGCACCGGCCUUCUUGCGGGUGGGUAUCAGUCAGCGGGAGCAGUCAUGGCCGGUCAUGGCGUCGCUACAUACAAAGACGCGAUUGGAAAGAAUGGCAAAAUCACCCCGUUGCUUAAUCCUUGCAACAAGAGCGUCUUUGUGCCUGGUAGUCUAUUGGAGAAGCGGGAGAAGGAGAUGGGACCCGCCAGACCGAUCAUCGAUAGGGAUUAUCACUCAUCGGACUCUGAUUCGUAG